AUGGAGCUCGCCGAGGUCAGCCUGGCUGACGAAGAGGACCCUGCAACAGGAGGGCGCCGCUCCUCGGAGGAGCCCGCGCGGGGCAGGGUGGGCAGCAGUGCCGACAGCUUGGCGGAGGAGGAGGAGGAGGAAGAGCAGGAGGGAGCCACGGCGGCCAGCCGGAGCAGGCGGGCCAGUCGCGCCUCCGAGCUGGUGAGCGGCCUCCUGACCGAGCUCUACAGCGUGGGGCGCGCCCGCCACCGGGACAGCGUGGACAGUUCCACGGAGGCGUCCGCCGGCUCCGACGCCUUCCCCGGGGGCAGGGGCAGCAGCGCCGAGUCCCGCUUCCUGCAGGAGCUGCAGCGGAGGCCCGGCCAGCGGCAUCAGAGGAAGUACCUGGCUCAGAAAGAUAACAAUGAAUUGACAACAAUAAUACAAGAGCUGAAUUAUAGAGUUUGUGUCCAGUCAGCAAAACUGCUUCGCCUUUUGAAACAAAAAGACAGGCUUUUGCAUAAAGUGCAGAAGAAUUGUGAUAUUGUGACAGCCUGUUUGCAAGCAGUUUCCCAAAAACGGAGAGUUGACACAAAGCUGAAGUUUACACUUGAACCAUCUUUAGGUCAAAAUGGUUUUCAGCAGUGGCAUGAUGCUCUCAAAGCAGUGGCUAGGCUGCCAACUGGAAUACCAAAGGAGUGGAGAAGAAAAGUCUGGCUCACCUUGGCAGAUCACUACUUGAGAAGUAUAGCGAUUGACUGGGAUAAAACUAUGCGUUUCACUUUCAAUGACAGAAGUAACCCUGAUGAUGACUCCAUGGGUAUUCAGAUUGUGAAGGAUCUUCAUCGAACUGGAUGCAGCUCUUACUGUGGCCAGGAGGCAGAGCAAGACAGAGUAGUUUUAAAACGGGUUUUACUGGCUUAUGCUAGAUGGAACAAAUCUGUAGGAUAUUGUCAAGGCUUUAACAUCCUAGCUGCUCUCAUCCUGGAAGUAGUAGAAGGCAAUGAGGGAGAUGCUUUAAAAAUUAUGAUUUAUUUAAUUGAUAAAGUGCUUCCUGAUAGCUAUUUUGUCAAUAACCUUCGAGCGUUGUCUGUUGACAUGGCUGUGUUCCGAGAACUUCUCAGAAUGAAACUUCCUGAGCUCUCUCAGCAUUUGGAUACUCUUCAAAAAGCAGCCAACAGAGAAAGUGGAGGUGGUUAUGAACCCCCACUUACAAAUGUCUUCACUAUGCAGUGGUUCCUGACACUAUUUGCAACAUGCCUUCCUAACCAUACCGUUCUAAAAAUUUGGGAUUCUAUAUUCUUUGAAGGAUCAGAAAUUAUACUCAGAGUAGCGCUGGCUAUAUGGGCAAAACUAGGAGAGCAGAUAGACUGUUGUGAAACUGCAGAUGAAUUCUAUGGCACCAUGGGAAAGUUAACUCAGGAGAUGCUUGAAGACAACCUCAUUGAUAGCAAUGAACUCAUGCAGACUGUUUAUUCUAUGGCCCAGUUCCCUUUCCCACAACUAGCAGAAUUAAGGGAAAAAUAUACAUACAACAUUACUCCUUUCCCUGCCUCAGUGAAAUCAACUUCAGGCCGUCUGGGAAAAAUUAGAGACAGCGAUGAAGAGAACGACCUUGAUGAUGAAGAUUCCAUAGCUAAUGUCAUCGGUUGCCUUGGACCAUUCACUGGGUUUCUGGCUCCAGAACUACAGAAAUAUCAAAAACAGUUCAAAGAUCAUAAUGAAGAGCAGAGUCUGGGCUCCAGUAACAUUGCAGAGCUAAGCCCUGGAGCAAUAGAUGCAUGUCGAAGUGAAUACCAUGCAGUUUUCAACAGUAUGAUGAUGGAGCGAAUGACCACAGACAUUAAUGCAUUGAAAAGACAGUACUCCCGGAUAAAGAAGAAGCAGCAGCAGCAAGUUCAUCAGGUUUACAUCAAAGCAGGAGCUGAAGAUGACAACCCUGGGAUAAUGUUAGAUCCUAGGGACCAGCUGAAUAAUGAUAAAGGGCCAGUUACCAGUCUUCUGCCUUCUCAGGUGAAUCAUUCACCAGUUAUCAACCAUCUUCUCUUAGGAAGGAAGAUCAAACCAGCUAACAGAUCAGCCAAAAAUGCUAUUCAUAUUCCAAGUCAUGCAGCAGGCAAGAUGUCACCUGGCCCUCAUGAAGAUCUUAAAACAAAGCUCAACUCUCCCUGGCGCACUCACAUUAGGGUUCACCGGAAGAACAUAGCAAGAGCCAGAGGUCAACUGGGUUAUGGCGAUACUAUAGGGCUAAUAGAGGAACAGAGUGAAGGUGGGAAAACAAAUAACCCCAGUGCAAAAGAAGAGAUACCAAACAAAUCUAAAUAUGAGGAAAGAGAAGGGAGUGAUUCAGAUCCUAGUACUGCCAGGAAAGCUGAUGGACAGUCUCCUGAACCAGAUUACAAAGAUACCAAUGCUAGUGGCAACAUAUCUGCAGUUCAGCUGAAGCUGGAAGGACUGGAACUGACCCAAACUAACAAAGAUGAUACUGAAGCUGUAUCAGGUCUGUACUGUCAAACACGAACCUCUGAGCUGCCAAGUUUGCCCAGUGACAGUGCAACAAUAGUAAAAUCUCCCCAAGCCAGCAUUCCUAAGUCACAAGUCUUCAGUCCUUUUCCUAGCGUCAAGCCCCUCAGAAAAUCCACUGCAGCUAGAAAUCUAGGAUUGUAUGGCCCAACAGAACGAACCCCAACUGUACACUUUCCGCAAAUGAGUAGGAGCUUUAACAAGCCCACAAAUGGUAACAGUGGGUCUAAAAAACGAUGAUGUCUAUACUACAGCACUUCGUUGUUGUUGCUAGGUUUUAUUAUGUGUGUUUAUGGGUCCAAAUGAGUUUCUAAAUUUCAUUAUUUAAAUGAAAAAAUGAGAUAAGUGGCAACAUAUAUUAAUUGUAAUAUCACAGAUCUGUGUUUUUCUAUAAUGUGGAAUAGUGAAAAUAUAUGGUGGCAAUCAGUUUCAUGUUAAAAAAUAAAAAAGACACGCAGCA